UAAGUGUCGAAUAAACUAUGUUUUUUAUUUAUUCACUCGGCAAACACAGCCAAAAACCGCAAUAUUGAAUUUUCAAUAAGCAAAGACCAUUUUGGACACAUAACAACAAAAUUUUGCUACAUGCUAAAUGUUAAAUAUACACAAAACGUUGCUAUAUAUCGGGGCAGUUGUAGAUCAGAGACAGCAUUGCUAUCAAAAACCAUGGCGCGAUUACAGUUGUUAUUAAGUGUCUUCUUGACGUUAUUUUUUGUGUUUGCAUGCGCAGAACUAAGAACACGAAGAUCCUCUCAGUUUAGUGAAGCGAGUGCUUCAGCAGGGUCUUUUGGAGGUUAUGGUAGAGGUUUUGGACCGCAGUUCGGACCGCCAGGACCACACUUUGGACCACCCGGACCACACUUUGGCCCUCCGAGCCCACCGAUACCACCCAGACCACACUUUGGACCACCGAGGCCCCAAUUUGGACCUCAUCCACCACAAUUUGGCCCCGUUUUCCCGAGACAAGAUUCUGGACGUACCAUUAAUAUAGCAAAAAGUAUUAGUAUCAGCACUGGAGGAAGUGGCUCAGCAAGUUCUCAAGCAAGCUCACAAUCUGGACGCUUCGGAAAGUGACCACCAAAAAUUAGGCUCAGUAAUAGAUAGGUUUGAUAAAACAGUAAGAUGCCAUAAUACCAUAGUGAAUCUUCUUAUAACAACAAGUUGAGCGAUAAGGUCCAAUUAUUUAUUUGUAUUGCAUUGUCGGUGUUUAUAGUCAUAAAUCAUAAUCUGUAUUAGUUAUUACACAUGUUUUGACAAACAAUAUUUAAGUGUCAAGAAAAAGAACUAGGUGCUUGUAAUAUGAAGAAAAUCUUUUUUUUAA